AUGUCUAAUAAUAUUGAUGAAGAAGGGAAGGAAGUCAAAGCAACAAUUGAUAAGGGCAAUAGCAUUGAUAACGAAACUAUCAACAAAAUGGAGAGUGUCAAAAAGGAUGCUCAUUGUGACAUUAAUAUGGAAGAUAAACCAAGAGAAAUGGAAACUGUUGAACAUCAAGAAAAUAAAAAUAUGAAUGAAACAAAUGAAAUGGAGGCAAACAAAUCAGAUAUCCCUACAGUUAUGGACACUGAUUCUCAAUCAAAGAACAAUAUUGAUAUAUGCCAACACACUAGUAGUGAUAAUACCCCAGUAGUUGUUUCAGAACCCACUGUAGAAACUGGCGAUUCUGAUGUUAUAAUACAGACUGAUGAGGCUACAGAAAAUAGUGCCCCAACAUUUACUGAUAUGCAUGUGAAAGUUGAAGUAAUUGAUAAGGAUUAUGAAAAACAUAAUGACAAUGCUCCAGGAUUUGAUUCGGAGGUUACAUAUAGAAUAGAAAGCAGUAGUAGUAGCAGUGAUUCUAGUGAUAGUGAAGACAGCAGUCUGGCCAAACACUCCUUUGAAGAUCUACAAGCAUCCGAUGAAGAAAUUAUUAAGGGAGACAAAAAUCAGGCUAACAGGAAACCAGGCCAAGGGGAGAACAGAUUCAAGACACAUGGAGAACUUCUACCUGAGGAAAUGGUAGCUAACAUUGAAGAGAUGCACCUGACUCUGCCAGAUGAUGUAGAAAUACUACCAGUGGGCAAAGUCUCCAGUGUAGUUGAGUUACAGGUUGUGAUUCAAGGCUUGUCUGAGAUCCCAGCUCUUGACCUUGACAGUGUGCUAUUUCUAAAGGACAGGAGUGUUUGUGGUCAGGUAUUUGAUGUGAUAGGACCAGUUAUUGCCCCUUUCUACACUGUGCUAUUCAGCAGUGAGCAGAAGAUCAAAGAGCUUGGAAUAGAGAAGGACACUGAGAUAUAUUAUGCUCCUGGAUCUCAAGAACUCACCAAAUACGUCUUCCUGGCACAACUUAAGCAAUUGAAGGGCUCUGAUGCAUCAUGGGAGUUCAACAAUGAACCACCACAAAAGUACAUUGAAUAUUCGGAUGAUGAGGCAGAAAGAAAAGCGAAACACAAAGCAAAACAGAAGAACCGUAAACCACCACAAGAGGGAGCUACUGGGGAAGAAGGAGAACAACAGAAAAAGAAAUGGGCAAAAAAUCGCAACAGUCAAAAACAGGACAAACAAAAUUCCAAUCAGACAAGAGACAGACAACAACAACAAUGUAGGUCUGGCCAGUCAGACAGUCAGAAUCAUAACAGAGGUCCCUCUGAUAGACCAAUCACCUCUUGGCCACCAGAAAGACACCGCAGUGGGGCACCCCCGCAGCAAACUACCUGGCCCCCUCCAAGGGGAUAUCUGCCCAGAGGUCAAAUGAGGACACCAAAUAGUGGUAUGCUAAAUAAUGGACCAAUUAGACCAGGACAAUUUGCACCUAUAAACCGAGCUAGUGGGCAGAAUCAUGGAGAUGGAUUGUUAAACACACCAACUUCACCUGUUGUGUUUGGCCAGCCAUUUGGUAUGGUGCCUGGUCAAGGACUUGUGCAGGCCCCUGGAUAUUUCCCCCCUCAACAGGUCAUCCAGACACCCCCACCUCAGUGGCCUGGAUAUUUCCAACAUAAUCCAGGAUUCAUAGUUCCCGGGGAGCAUCAGUUAUUUGGAAACCAAUCAGUGCAAAAUGUGCCUCCUCCAGGUGAGGAGCAGCGAGUAUUUGGUGAUCAAACAAGAUGGCAGCAAAUGACUGGUGGACCACCACAGAUGCAACCACAGCAUCCAAUGGUGCCAACACCACCACCAACAAUAGUUGACUCAAGAUAUAUGCAAAAUCCUCAAUGAUAGUGAUCCAGUUUUACCUAAAGUUCAGGCAUGUUUUGCUCGAGGAGGAUUGGAUCCCAGAAUG